CUCCCUAUUUUCCUCUUCUUUCGUAAAUCCUUGAAGCGGACCCUAAACGACGCCGUCGCCCUGCACCCUGAACCGGAGAGGAACGCUUCUCUUUUCUUCCCUUGGUCCGGCAAUCCGGUGGUGGUUACUCUGCGUGCGGCGGCACCCCCUUCUCUCUCUCUCUCUCGACCGAAGCAGAUUCUCCUCUCUAUAAAUAUAUAAUCUCAGCGAUGGCUCUUCUUCAACUCUCUUGUGCUCCUUCACCUCCUUCUCUUCUUCCUUGGCCUCUCAAAAGCCCGUCACGCAGUUCCCUCUUAUUCACACUCCCUGCCCCUAUCCGUCUUUUCCGUUCUCGCUUAUCCUCUCGCCGUCCGUUUCUCGCUGCUGCGAAAGCUGCAGUCUCCGCUGUCGAUUCUCCGGAGACUGCCGGUGGAGUGGAUGGCCAUGGCGGGGACUCUUCGAAGAAGUUACUGCUUGAAGUUAAAGGUCUCACGGCUGUGAUUGCAGAGUCCAGAAAGCAGAUUCUCAACGGCGUAGACCUCGUCGUCUACGAAGGAGAGGUUCAUGCAAUCAUGGGGAAGAAUGGCUCUGGAAAGAGCACAUUUUCAAAGGUUCUUGUUGGCCAUCCAGAUUAUGAGGUUACAGGAGGUAGUGUCAUAUUUAAAGGGGAGAACUUGCUUAACAUGGAUCCUGAGGAAAGGUCUCUUGCUGGGCUUUUUAUGAGCUUCCAGUCCCCUGUUGAGAUCCCGGGUGUGAGUAAUGCUGACUUUCUAAAUAUGGCAUAUAAUGCUCGAAGAAGAAAACUUGGUCUGCCGGAACUUGGACCAAUUGAGUUCUUUGGUUACCUAGCUCCUAAGCUUGAGGUUGUGAAUAUGAAGACAGAUUUUUUGAAUAGAAAUGUUAAUGAAGGAUUUAGCGGUGGUGAAAAGAAGCGAAAUGAGAUAUUACAGCUUGCGGUUCUAGGGGCAGAGUUGGCAUUGUUAGAUGAAAUUGAUUCUGGGUUGGAUGUUGAUGCCCUUCAAGAUGUAGCAAAAGCAGUUAUUGGGCUAUUGACUCCAACAAAUUCUGUUCUAUUAAUUACUCAUUAUCUUCGACUUUUGGAAUUUAUAAAGCCCACAUAUAUUCAUAUCAUGGAGGAUGGAAGGAUUAUAAAGACAGGAGACAUAUCCAUAGCUAAAGCUCUUGAGAAGGAAGGUUAUAAAGCAAUUUCUACUGCAUAAUUAUGGGAUGGAAGGUUGUGUUCAUAGGAUCUUCGGGUGAGAUCAUAGCUUCUUCACAUUGUACCUUUCAGACGGUUUCGCACAAGGUGGGAGGAUCAAACCUUGCGAACUCCGUUCAUUUGCAACAUGGGAUGGAGUCAACAGCAAUUUUAUAAGCUCAUUAAGAUGGGGGGGCAAUCCUUGAUCCAAUGGUAAGCAUGUUACAGAAGGCCGCUGGUUCAAGUGAUGAAAACCACCUCUCCAAAUGUGCCAGUCAGGUUGUAUUCACCGUGCCCUCCUCAGACCCCUUGAUGUGGCAAGAGUGUCUUGUGCACCAAGGGUUGCAUCUAUUAUGAUAUGUAUGGAUGGACAUUUUUCCCUCUUUUUUCUAAUACCUUAAUUUGUUAAUAUCUUGCAUUUUAAUUCUAAUCUUGAUUAGUAAACUAAACAUUGCAUAAAUUAUUAUAUGUAUGGAUGGACAUUUUUCCCUGAGUAAUGAAUUCAGCCAUCCAUAGAGUGGUUAGUUUUA